CACACACAUUGCAUCGCAGUGCACGGAGUUGAGGUAGGCCGGAAGAGAAACUGACGACCACGCUGCAGAAAUGUCCGCCGCAACGCAGUCCUUCCCCGCCGCCGCACUUUUCGUCAAGCUUCUAGCCUUCUCCCUCAUUGUAUGCGCCUGCGCGCAAGAUCCUGUAGACCCACCACAGCCGUACAGCUUCGGUUUCGAGAACGUUGACGAGUACGGAACGCAGCUCUACCACAAAGAGCAGGGCGACGCCAGCAAUGCCAAGAAAGGCUCGUACGGGUACAAGGAUGCAGCAGGCCUGUUCAGGCGCGUCGAGUACGUGGCUGACCUGAACGGCUACCGGGCCACCGUGGAUACCAACGAACCGGGAACGGCACCUGGCCAGACCGGCGACGCAAUUUUCAACGCCAACCCAAUCGUUGUCCAAAUCGCUAAGUCGGCCUCCGCACCUGUGCCAGCAUUUGCACCGAAGCCAGUCGGAGCCGGCGGUAUCCAGUUACCGUGGUCGAUCUAAGAAUGCUGCUACUUUUAUUAGGGGAAUAGCAAAUAGCAACAAAUUUUCUGCCAAAAGAGCGAUAACCUUUGCAUAGCGUAGUCC